AUGUCUGACAACGACAAGUACUCCACCCCAUUAUCCUCGAGAUAUGCCUCGGAUGAAAUGUCCAAGAUCUUCUCUUUGAGAAACCGUUUCUCAACAUGGAGAAAGUUGUGGCUCACUUUAGCCAAGGCUGAAAAAUCCGUUGGAUUGGACGUCAUCACCGACGAGGCUCUAGGACAAAUGGAAAAGCAUCUCGAAAUCACCGAUGAAGAAAUCGAGGCUGCCAAAAAGCAAGAAGCAAUCGUUAGACACGAUGUCAUGGCCCACGUCCACGUUUUUGGGGAAACUUGUCCUGCUGCUGCCGGGAUCAUCCAUUUGGGGGCUACUUCUUGUUAUGUCACCGAUAAUGCUGACUUGAUCUUCCUCAGGGACGCUUUCGAUGUCAUUAUCCCAAAGUUGGUCAACGUCAUUGACAGAUUGUCGAAGUUUGCUCUCGAAUACAAGGAUUUGCCAGUUCUUGGAUGGACCCAUUUCCAACCAGCUCAAUUGACUACUGUUGGGAAGAGAAGCACUUUAUGGUUGCAAGAACUCUUGUGGGAUUUGAGAAACAUUGUGCGUGCUAGAAACGAUUUGGGGUUGAGAGGUGCCAAGGGGACCACCGGUACCCAAGGUUCUUUCUUGUCCUUGUUGCACGGUGAUCACGAUGCUGUCGAGGCUCUCGAUGCCAAGAUCGUCGAAUUGUUGGGCUUCGACUUUGCCUACCCUGUCACUGGUCAAACUUACUCUAGAAAGAUUGAUAUUGACGUGUUGGCCCCAUUGGCUUCUUUGGGAGCCACCGCGCACAAGAUGGCCACCGAUAUUAGAUUGUUGGCUAACUUGAAGGAAAUGGAAGAACCAUUUGAAAAGUCCCAAAUCGGGUCUUCGGCCAUGGCCUACAAGAGAAACCCAAUGAGAAGUGAACGUGUGUGUUCUUUGUCCAGACACUUGGGAUCACUUUUCUCCGAUGCCGUGCAAACAGCAUCGGUCCAAUGGUUUGAAAGAACUUUGGACGAUUCUGCCAUCAGAAGAGUGUCCCUCCCAUCCGCUUUCUUGACCGCUGAUAUCGUCUUGACCACCUUGUUGAACAUCACUUCCGGCCUCGUUGUUUACCCUAAGGUCAUUGAAAGAAGAAUCAUGGCUGAAUUGCCAUUCAUGGCCACCGAAAACAUCAUCAUGGCCAUGGUUGAAAAAGGUGCUUCUAGACAAGAAUGUCACGAAGAAAUUAGAGUGUUGUCCCACCAAGCCAGUGCCGUUGUCAAGCAACAAGGUGGUGACAAUGAUUUGAUUGAAAGAAUCAAAAACACCGAAUACUUCAAGCCAAUCUGGGCCGAUUUGGACAAAUUGUUGGACCCAUCCACUUUUGUCGGUAGAGCUGCUCAACAAACUGACAAGUUUGUCAAGAAGGAUGUUGCUGAAGCUUUGAAGCCAUUCCAAAAGCACAUCAAUGAUGCCACUGUCAGCUUGAGCGUUUAA